CAUUACCUCGGUAUGCGACGAUGACAUACUGCGCCCUGCGUCAAUGACGCAUUCCCAUCGUCCCUAUGGACACAACCACCAUGUCCACGACCGCGACGACACACCAUCACACUCGGAUGCAGCAGCAGCACCACCCCCCUCUAUCACAUCCCGGCACUCAUCUACGUAUAGUAUGAGAGCCGACACCAAGCAUUGUAUUAUAUUAGAGUACACAGCCAUUCGGAUACCCGCCCGGAAGCGCGCCUAAAACAUCAUGUCCCCUGGUACCGUCUCCCCGCUCGCUGAGGUCAAGGGCCUCACCUUUGACGUAUUCGGCACCGUCGUCGAUUGGCGCGGCUCCAUCACAGAGGAGCUCGCCCUGCGCGCCCAUCGCAAGCUCGCAUCCCCGGACGCCUUGCUCGACGACGCCACGCGGGAACGCGCCCGGGCCCUGAGCGCCGAUGGUGACGGCUGGGGACGCUUCGCCCACGAGUGGCACGAGUCGUACGGCGCCUUCACCCGGUCCUUCGAACCGGGGCGUGAUGCCUGGAAGACCAUCGACGAGCACACCCGCGAGAGCCUCGCCACGCUGCUGGAGUCGUGGGGCCUUCGCGGGCUCUACUCCGACGCCGAGCUCGACUCGCUGAGCCUCGUCUGGCAUCGCCUUCGCCCCUGGCCUGACUCGGCCGAAGGUCUCACGCAGCUCAACACCGGCGGCCGCGUCGUGACGGCGACGCUAUCCAACGGCAAUGUGUCCUUGCUGCGCGACCUCGACGACUUCGGCGGGCUGGGCUUCCAGCGCCUGUUCUCGGGCGAGACGUUCCGUGCCUACAAGCCUAACCCGGCCACGUACCUGGGCGCGGCGCGCGAGCUGGGCCUCGAGCCGCGCCAGGUCGCCAUGGUGGCCGCCCACCUCGAGGACCUCCAGUCUGCGCGCGCGUGCGGCCUGCGCACCGUUUAUGUCGAGCGCCCGCGCGAGGAGGCCUGGGCCCGCGGCGACGAGCGGUAUGGCCGCGCGCGCGAGUGGGUUGACCUGUGGAUCGCUGAGGAUGAGGGCGGCUUCGUCACGCUGGCGGAGCAGUUGCGUGAGCUUGCUUCAUGAUGAUAGGAAGCAGCCGAUAGGAGGCCACAAAGGGAUCUAGAUCUGGGUGUGCCGCCGGCUCAACGAAGCUAGCAUGUCGUUAUUCGCUUUCCUGAUAUUGUUGAUUGCCCUGCGUGGCGCGGCAAGUGCUGUCGCGAGCUCAUCCGCUGCUUAUUGUUCCUGGACAUGAUCGUGGGCUUCUAUCGGAACCCUGAACCUGGCCAUCUGCCACUCCGUUUUAUGCCCGGUCCCGGUCUCGCAGUGCAAACGUGGGACCCAUGUCGACUACAAAUAAGUAGUAGGGGGUAAUCUGGAUUUAUGAUCAUGGUCAUGGCAUGGCCUGUGUUGUGGCUUGGUUGGUCAGCCUCUCAGUUGGCCGGCUCGUUCACUGCUCUCUCUCUCUCGCCCGGCCACCUAUAGAGCUCUUCUUCCUCCCUUCAUAGUCCAUCAAGUCUCUUCAUGA